AUGGAUAGAUUCCGCAUGUUCUUCCAACAUUUCCAGUCCAACUCCGAGUCUGUGAUGAACGGCAUCUGCCUGCUGCUGGCUGCGGUCACCGUGAAACUGUACUCCUCCUUCGACUUCAACUGCCCCUGCCUGGCCCGCUACAAUGCCCUCUACGGCCUGGGCCUGCUCCUCACGCCCCCUCUCGCCCUCUUCCUCUGCGGCCUCCUCCUCAACCGGCAGUCGGUCGUGAUGGUUGAGGAGUGGCGCCGGCCCGUGGGGCACCGGAGGAAGGACCUAGGUAUCAUCAGAUACAUGUGCUCUUCUGUGCUGCAGAGAGCAAUGGUUGCACCCCUGGUCUGGAUCCUGCUAGCCCUCCUUGAUGGGAAAUGCUUUGUGUGUGCCUUCAGUAACUCUGUGGAUCCUGGGAAGUUUCUGGACUCAGCCAACAUGACCUCCAGCCAGGUGCAACUCUUCCUGGCCAAGGUACCCUGCAAAGAAGAUGAGCUGGUCAGAGACAGUCCUGCUCGAAAGGCUGUAUCUCGCUAUCUGCGGUGUCUGUCACAGGCCAUCGGCUGGAGUAUCACCCUGUUUCUGAUUGUGGUGGCCUUCCUGGCUCGCUGUCUGAGACCAUGUUUUGACCAGACAGUCUUCCUGCAACGUAGAUACUGGAGCAACUACGUGGACCUAGAGCAGAAGCUCUUUGAUGAGACCUGUUGUGAGCAUGCGCGGGACUUCGCACACCGCUGUGUGCUGCACUUCUUCGCCAGCAUGCAGAGUGAGCUGUGGGUUCGGGGGCUGCAUCGGGAUCCUGCAGACCAAAGCCUGGAGCCCCCCAAGUCUUCAGAGUCCCCAGAGGACCUUGAUGGAGGAAGCGGGAAGGCCCACCUGCGUGCAGUCUGCAGUCGAGAGAAGAUGGACCAUCUUCUAAGCACCUGGUACUCCAACAAACCACCACUGGACCUUGUAGCAUCCUCUAGGCACUGGGGGGCUAGCCUCAACCACCGUGUCCCCAUGGUGGUCCCCAGAACCAGGCUAUCCCAGCACACAGAUGUGUAG